CUGCUGAUUGAAUGUAGUUUCGAAAAAUAAAUAAAAACAGAUACAUUAAGUGAUAUUAACGAACAAACUCAUGUGUUAUUUUAAGAAUUACAUAGCAUAAACAGUGCUAUCAUUACAAGUAGUGUGUCUCAUAGAAAAUAAACAACAAAGAAUCUCUAAUUGCUAUUUAAAUAAGUAGAACACGUCACAUAAAUGUUUUUGAACAAAAUAAUUAAGAAAUAAUGAAUCUGUUGAACAUUGAUACAACAAAAGAGCUGUACAUUCCAACAGCCUCUAUAGUCAUUUCGUCUCCUACAAAAAUAGCCAGCCCACACUGCUCUCCAAAAGAUCGAAUAAACUUUUGCUUAAAAGUUUUUAAGUUACUUCGUCGAAGUAUCGUUUUGAAAUUUCUCCUACCCAUAGCCUUCCUAGUAUUGAUAAUAAUGUUUCUAAUGGCGUUUAGAAACUCAACCAAAGAAGUUCUAAUCUGGAUGGAAACUCAGAAUUCAUGGAUAACAUUUUUUAUAUUUUUAUUGCUUUUCACAAUCGUCAGUUUUCCUUUUUCUGUUGGUUAUCUUGUACUCAUCAUUAGUUGUGGAUAUAUAUUUUCACUCACAAAAGGAUUUUUUGUAGCUAUGUUAGGAGCAAAUUUGGGUGUGCUAAUUGCACAUCAGACUAUUAAAAACACCCAGAAAAGGUUUCCAAUUCAUAGAUUAAUAAAAACCGAGACUGGUCGAGCGAUAUUACGAGUGAUCUCAGGACCUCGAGCAUUUAAAGUGGUUCUAUUCGCCCGUCUAACUCCAAUUCCAUUCGGCUUGCAGAACACAAUCUUCGGUAUAAGUUCAGUAAACUCAUUCGACUAUCACACAGCAACGCUGAUAGGUCUGCUACCAGCUCAAGUCAUUAAUGUUUACCUAGGUUCGAAACUGAGGUCAAUUCAUGAUGUGAUUAAUGAUAAUCAUACAGCCCUAGCAGGUUAUGGCAUGUUUAUAUUUGAGGCAAUCGUUGGUGUCAGCUUAAUGAUGUGGGUCAUUCACAAAGCUAAAGGUGAACUUGCGGCGGCCCUUCUCGACAGCAUCGAUGUGGAUGAAAAGUUAUUGAUUGAAGUCGACGUUUAGAUGGAAGAUGAAAGAAAACUUUUUGAAGUGGUGAAGCAUUAAUUAAGAUAAAGUACCUUGUGAAUGAGUUUGAGGGGGAGAGACGAGAAAGCAUCACUUUUUUAAGUAGAAAAGUUUACCUGACUUCAAUAAUGCUGAUUCAGACAUAAGAACAACAUAAUAUACUUGAUCCUGGUUCACAGACAUGAUCUUAGAUCAAAACGUUAUAAAAGAUAUCAAUGUUCUGUUGAAAAAUGAAUGUUUUCCUUUCUAAAGUAUUUAGAUUAAGUUUAGUUUAAGACAAAUAAUUUAUCAGUCAAUGAAUCUCCAAAAACUGAAUAUUACAAAUAGGUACUUCUCAAUUAUAUCUCAGUCAAACAAGACAUAAAAGCCACUUGAGCAUUGUCAUAUGAAUUAAAUAUGAAUUAUUUUAUUACCUAAGUGUAAAUUUUAUUCUCGAUUCUCGAAUUGUUAAAUGUGAUAAUGUUUGUUGUACCUUUGCUAAUGUUUAUUUAUUGAUUCAGGAAAUAUGUUGGAGUAACGUUGUUAAAAUUUAAGGAAACUCUUUUUAAAGCAUUUCAACGGAAGAAUCAAGAAUCACAAGACUAAAAUUAAAAUACAAAAAGUCACUUUUAUUUAUUUAGCAAUUUUCACUUUACGAUGAUAACGAAAAUAUUUAUCGGCGCAGUCAAACAUAUGUACAUCAACGUUUUCCACUUCGUGAAAAUUGAUUUGAUAAAUAUUUAAUUUUGACUCGAGGAAAAAUUUCCCAGAAUCGUUUUGCAGGGAAAAAUAAUAAUAAAGCGUUCUCAAAAAACGCGCGCUGCCUAAAUCGAUUUCGAUUUGAGCGACUCAAUUUAUGUAUUUUCUAUGAUUCUUUGCUCGUAACAAUAAAGAACUGUUUUAUUUGUGGCA